GUAGUGGCUUGAAGCACAUAUCGAAGUUUCAGUGUCAGACUACCAUCACUAGUUUCGAGUAGGCUUACAAGUUUAACUGAACUAUUCAUUUCCCAUCCGUCGUCUGCUGCGAAAACCGACGCGUUAGACUUGCAAUGGCUCUUCCCAGUCUCGAUGCUAAAAUUGUUAUAGUUGGGUGCGGGAUCUCCGGGAUUGGUGCUGCGCUGAAACUCACCAAGCAUGGGUUUCGGAAUGUCCGUAUUGUCGAGGCAACGGGUAGGAGCGGUGGAAGAAUACGAACGGGCAAAUUUGGUAGCAGCAUUGUGGAGAUGGGGGCCGCCUGGGUCCACGGGCCGUCCCAGGAGAACGCCGUGUUCCGGCUGGCCUGCCAGUACAACCUGCUGGACCCGGAGUCCAUGACGGAGGAGAACCAGGCCAUAGACGUGGGCGGCAAUCUUCCCUUGGUGCCCAGCUUCCUGCGCAGCUCGGGGGGUGCUGUGUCGGCGGAGAGUCUGGCGCCCGCCCUGGAGCUCUUCUACCAGGUAAUCGAGCAGACGCAGGGCUUAACCCAGGCAGGCGAGCCCGCGGGCAGCGUGGGGGAGUACUUUAAGGCAGAGUUCACCCGCCUGGCAGAGGAAGAGUGGCGUGGGGAGGAAGAGGGCACGCGAAAACUGAGGAUGGCGCUCGCCACCUCAGUGAUGAAGGCCCAGUGCUGUUUGACUGGAACACACAGCAUGGACACUGUGUGGCUGGGGAUGUUUGGAGUCUACCGGACGCUACCUGGACUCGACUGCACCUUCCCCAGUGUAGAUUACUUCAAGAAGCACCAUGACACUUUCCUGAGGCCCCCAUUACCGCUGCACAAGCUGCACACCGUCCAGAGGAUGGGCUUUGGCACCGUCAACAAGAUAUACCUGGAGUUCCAGGAGCCCUUCUGGGACCCAGAGACCGAGGCCAUCUACCUGCUGUGGGAGGAGGAGGUGCAGCUGGCAGACACGGUGCCCAACAUACACAAAGACUGGGUCCGCAAGCUCUUCGGCUUCACAGUAAUGGAACCUACCGAGAGUGCUUAA